AUGGUCGUCCUCAGAACGCAGUCCGACUUUGGCCAUGCGCCGCCUCCACAGACCCCCUAUAGCAUCAUCAGCAACUUGCCUGGAUGGGGCAUGGUUCAAGGAUUCCGCGAUGGGGACAUGUCCGCCAUGGCCAAAGUCGUCCAUAUCUACCCACGCUUUGGUCCAACGCAGUUCGCUGCCAUGCUCGGCCAGGAGGUUGCGAAGCGAGUAGGCCAUGAGGGCAAGGCCUGCAUGGUGUAUCUCAAUCCCAUCAUGUGGCCCUUUACGGCUGGUCAUGUUCAGAACAAGGCUCGAGAGGAGGCAGCCAUUGAUCCGGAAAAGCUCACUUACAAAUGCGUUGACGUGGGUGGGCAUCGCCUCUAUGCUGUUCUGUUCGAACCAGCUCACAUCAAGGCGCUUCUGCUGAGCUGGGGCACUCCCGGGCUUGGACUUUCCAUCAGGAUGGCGGAGCACUUGCUGAAGGAUAUUGACACCUUGGUCGAGGUCCCAUUCGAUGAUUACAAGAACCCCCCUGAGCCAACCUAUACACCUGCUGGCCCGGCUCAUCAACUGCUCCGCGAACGUAUCAACUACUUUGUUCACCGUGGUGCCAUCGAUCCAGAGCUGGUCAAGAGCAAACCUAGUGAUGUUCUUCUCUUCCCUACUGGCAUGGCAGCCAUCUUCUAUGCUACAAAUGUCAUCCAAGAAUACCGCCCCGGAACCAAUGUUGCCCUCGGUGUCGUCUUCCACAAUACACACCACCAUCUCUACGAAGAGAGUCUUAAUGGAUUCAAACACUUGGGCAUGGUUGACGAGAAAGGCCUUGACGAAAUGGAGACUUGGCUUGAUGGGGAAGCGAGCCAAGGCAAGAAAGUAAGCUUUGUCAUUGUUGAAUUCCCCGGGAAUCCAACGACGCAAAGCGUGGAUCUGUCUCGUCUCAAGAAACUAUCCGAGAAGCACGGUUUCGUUCUGAUUGUUGACGACACUCUGGCGGGUUUCGCCAAUGUCGAUGUUUUGGCUUACUCUGAUAUUCUCCUCACCUCUCUCACCAAGUCCUUCAACGGCAGAGCUGAUGCCCUCGGCGGCUCCAUUGUCCUCAACCCCCUUUCGCCUCAUUACAACGAGCUGUCUUCUCGCUUCGCCAAAUCUUUCAACAAUGAGUUCUUCGCUGCCGAUGCAGAGGUGAUACUUCUCAACUCGCAUGACUAUCUCGAGCGGACGCGCCGUCUGAACCGGAACGCAGAGGCCAUGGCAACUUUCCUGCACCAGACAAUCGGCCGCGAUGAUUCUCCCGUGGCCAGAGUCCAGUACCCUAGCCUGCUGCCUGACAAGUCCAUCUAUGAUCGCUACUUGAGGCGUAGCACCACAGAUCUCCCCAACCCGGGCUACGGCUGCCUUUUGAAUGUUGAGUUUGAGAGCGUGGCAGCCGCUCAGGCGUUCUACGAUAGAUGCGGCUUCUAUUCCAGCCCGCACCUGGGCGGGCACGUCACCAUUAUGCUGGCGUACAACAUGAUGAUGUUUGGAAAGAAGAAGGAGGAGCGGGAAGAAUUCAGGACGUAUGGCGCCAUUGAGGAAAGCAUCAGGCUUUCUGCCGGCUUGGAAGAUGCGGAAGAUCUGAUUGACACGCUCAAGGAUGCUCUGGAUGCAGCGACUGAGGCUCAGAAGAAGGCAGCCCCGAAUGGAACCCAGUGA